AGCUUGUGCUCUCCUUUCCCUUCAGUCUCCUGCCGGCUAGCCGCGCAGGGUCUGGCGCUCUACAGAGCGGCACGAGUUUCUUCCGCCUCGCUCCUACGCCUCCGCGCGGUCUCCCUGGGUAGCCACCGCGUCCCCCACCCGCAGCUCUUCGCCUGCGACCCGAAGUCGGGGUCCCGCGCCCUGACUCCGCCCCCCCAUCCCCCCGCGGACUCGCGCGCUCGGGGCCCGGCCUCUCACUCGCGCAGGCCGCGGAGCACUCGGCCGCCUCCCCCUCCUUCCCUGAUCGGCUCGCGCUCUCCGGGCGCUCUCGCUCUCGCGCUCUCCAAAGCGAGCGCGCUCCCGGCCCGCGCGCUCCGGGCUCUGGUUUCUCCCGGCUCCUGUCAGUGCGGUGACUGCGCUGGGAAACAUGGCGACCGAGGGAAUGAUCCUUACUAACCACGACCACCAAAUCCGGGUUGGAGUCCUCACAGUGAGUGAUAGUUGCUUCAGAAAUCUUGCAGAAGAUCGCAGUGGGAUAAAUCUCAAAGAUCUCGUACAAGAUCCUUCUUUGUUGGGUGGGACUAUAUCAGCAUACAAGAUAGUACCAGAUGAAAUAGAAGAAAUCAAGGAAACCCUGAUAGAUUGGUGUGAUGAAAAGGAACUUAAUUUGAUAUUAACAACUGGAGGAACAGGGUUUGCACCACGAGAUGUCACUCCAGAGAAAUUCCCAACAUUCCCAUUUUGUGGGCUCCAGAAAGGGGCCACAAAAGAAGUAAUAGAACGGGAAGCACCAGGGAUGGCCCUGGCAAUGCUGAUGGGAUCACUUAAUGUUACACCUCUGGGCAUGCUCUCUAGGCCUGUAUGUGGAAUCAGAGGGAAAACUCUCAUAAUUAACUUGCCAGGUAGCAAGAAAGGAUCUCAGGAAUGCUUUCAGUUCAUACUACCAGCCCUACCUCAUGCCAUUGACCUUUUACGUGAUGCCAUUGUAAAAGUAAAGGAAGUUCAUGAUGAACUUGAAGAUUUACCUUCCCCGCCACCACCUCUUUCCCCUCCUCCCACAACUAGCCCCCAUAAACAGACAGAAGACAAAGGGGUUCAAUGUGAGGAAGAGGAAGAAGAGAAGAAAGAUAGUGGUGUUGCUUCAACAGAAGAUAGUUCUUCAUCACAUAUAACUGCAGCAGCCAUUGCGGCCAAGAAGCAUCCAUUCUACACCAGUCCUGCUGUUAUCAUGGCACACGGUGAGCAGCCCAUCCCUGGUCUCAUCAGUUAUUCCCAUGAUGCAACAGGCAGUGCAGAGGAACUGAUUCCAGACUCCAUCAUUUCUCGUGGCGUUCAGGUGCUCCCACGAGACACAGCCUCCCUCAGUACUACUCCUUCAGAAUCUCCUCGUGCUCAGGCUACAUCUCGCCUUUCUACAGCUUCCUGCCCGACACCAAAACAAAUUAGACGGCCGGAUGAAAGCAAAGGAGUUGCUAGUAGAGUUGGAUCCCUCAAAGUCCAGUCCAGGUGCAGCAGCAAGGAGAACAUUCUCAGAGCCAGUCACAGUGCUGUCGAUAUCACCAAGGUGGCUAGAAGACACCGCAUGUCUCCUUUUCCUCUAACAUCUAUGGACAAAGCCUUUAUCACAGUCCUGGAGAUGACUCCGGUGCUUGGGACAGAAAUCAUCAACUACCGAGAUGGAAUGGGGCGGGUCCUUGCUCAAGAUGUAUAUGCAAAAGACAACCUACCCCCUUUCCCAGCAUCAGUAAAAGAUGGCUAUGCUGUCCGAGCUGCUGAUGGCCCAGGAGAUCGUUUCAUCAUUGGAGAAUCCCAAGCUGGUGAACAGCCGACUCAGACAGUAAUGCCAGGACAAGUCAUGCGGGUUACAACAGGUGCUCCCAUCCCCUGUGGUGCUGAUGCAGUAGUACAAGUGGAAGACACUGAACUUAUCAGGGAAUCCGAUGAUGUACGUCAUUACCAGGGCACUGAGGAGCUUGAAGUACGAAUUCUGGUGCAAGCUCGGCCAGGCCAAGAUAUCAGACCCAUUGGCCAUGACAUUAAAAGAGGGGAAUGUGUUUUGGCCAAAGGAACCCACAUGGGCCCCUCAGAGAUUGGUCUUCUGGCAACUGUAGGUGUUACAGAGGUUGAAGUUAAUAAGUUUCCAGUGGUUGCAGUCAUGUCAACAGGGAAUGAGUUGCUAAAUCCUGAAGAUGACCUCUUACCAGGAAAAAUUCGAGACAGCAAUCGUUCAACCCUCUUAGCAACAAUUCAGGAACAUGGUUACCCCACAAUCAACUUGGGAAUUGUGGGAGACAACCCAGAUGACUUACUCAAUGCCUUGAAUGAGGGAAUCAGUCGUGCUGAUGUCAUCAUCACAUCAGGGGGUGUGUCCAUGGGGGAAAAGGACUAUCUCAAGCAGGUGCUGGACAUUGAUCUUCAUGCCCAGAUCCAUUUUGGCAGGGUUUUUAUGAAACCAGGCCUGCCAACGACAUUUGCAACUUUAGAUAUCGAUGGUGUAAGAAAAAUAAUCUUUGCACUACCAGGGAAUCCUGUGUCAGCCGUGGUCACCUGCAAUCUCUUUGUUGUGCCUGCGCUGAGAAAGAUGCAAGGCAUCUUGGAUCCUCGGCCAACCAUCAUCAAAGCCAGGUUAUCAUGUGAUGUAAAACUGGAUCCUCGCCCAGAAUACCAUCGGUGUAUAUUGACUUGGCAUCACCAAGAACCACUGCCUUGGGCACAGAGCACAGGUAAUCAGAUGAGCAGCCGUCUGAUGAGCAUGCGCAGCGCCAACGGAUUAUUGAUGCUUCCUCCAAAGACAGAGCAGUACGUGGAGCUCCACAAGGGCGAGGUGGUGGAUGUCAUGGUCAUCGGACGGCUAUGAUGGUCACCAGUGGGAGAAAGCUUUGAUGCAUGUCCACAUAUCAUUGACUGUAUCCUGUAAUAUGCAACGGCACAGCUAGUUUUUCUGAUUUGGAUAAAAGUUAAUCUGUAUAGUCAACAUCUUGAACUAUAUUUCAAAAGAAUUUAAAUACCUUUUAAAGAAAAAAACACCUAAAAAUAAAUCUUAACGGACAACUCUAUUCUGAUUAUAUCAAAGCAAAUUUUUCCUUUCUUGCAAAUUGCUUUGUGUGUUCAAUGCUAGGUCUGAUAGCGAUAGCUUUUAGUAGACAGCGGUAGGUGCCUGCAGAACUUGUGUUUUUCUCAUCUUUAAAAUACAACUACUUAUGCUCUUAAAUCAAGGCUGUCUGCUUAUUUAUACUAGCGUAGGCAACACUUGAAUUUCCCUUCUUAGUAUGCUUCAUAACCGCUUUACAGAGAGCUUCUGCUUGUUCUUUAUCAUGUGUCUCGUGUUUAUGUGCACAGCGCCAAACAAAGAGUGACUGGGUGGCGGCCUGCCCUGCCUCGAGGAGCGCCACCCCGCAGAGCGUCUGGGGAGGAGCGUCUCUCCUCCCGUAGCCUCGUGGCACAGUACUCUUGGGCAGUAACUGGAUACCUUUUAUUUGAACAAACAAACUGGGGGAAAAAAUGCUUCCUUAAGUGCUGACAGCCUUUUUAACCAAUACAUUUAAAAUUGUACAGAACAAAAAAUAAAAUCAAAGACUGAUCUUGUACAGAUAUUAGUGUUACCAGCAUUCAUGUGGAAAUCAAGAGCAAAGAAAAAACAAUGUUAAACAACUCUGUACCAUAACAUUUUCUGUAAUGAUACUGAAACUUAAUGAAUAAAAAAAAUCCUUGGUCAUUAUUUAAAA